ACUUUUUAUUUUAUUCACAGGGUAUAUUAUCACUAUUUUACCUGUUGUCAACAGAUAUGUAUGCCCUAAUUAAUUAUGUGGGCUUUGUCAACUGGUUAGCUAUAGGAAUGUCCAUUGUAGUACUGCUGUACUUCAGAAAAACUAGACCAGAAAUGAACAGACCUAUUAAGGUGAACUUAUUCUGGCCUAUAUUAUAUGUGGCUAUGACUGUUUUCCUAGUUGCUUUACCAUUCUAUGCCUCACCAAGAGAAACCACCUAUGGUGUUAUAAUGAUCUGUACGGGUAUUCCAGUUUAUAUCAUAUUUAUAGCAUGGAAAAAUAAACCAAAGAGUCUAACUAAUAUAAUAGACAAAACUACAUUACUUCUACAGAAGAUACUAGUUAUCAUGCCUGAGGAGAAUGUGGUCAGUAUAACAGAGGAAAUGAAGCAUGAACAUGCUACAUAGACUAACAUUUAGGAACUGUGUUCACACUGGUGAUUUACAUCAUUGACAUAGCUUUUUGUUGAUUUCAUGAAGAUGAACUUACUUUAUGUAAAGUAUGCCACAUUCAGAUUGAAGUUUUGUUACUGAGAUGUUUGGAAUUCCAAUCCAGUUAGUUAGUGAUAUGUAAAAAUACUUUUAGGGGGUUUAAUUUUUUUUUGGAUUUUUAAUAACUUGCUUAUAUUAAUGUUUAUGAUUUUUCAAAAUAUUGUUCAGUGUGUUCAAGUAAAUAUAAACAUGGAAUCAUCUGUAUAAUACUAAAACAUUUAUGUAGCGCAACAAUAUUUUUUGAGCAUUUCAGUUAACAGUGGAGGAGGGAAACAGGGAACUUGUGUAAGAGACAACAAUCUGAACAAAGAGCAGAAAACAGGCCAAACCUUAUUCAAUACAGUUUAAUAGCAAUAUACAUAACUUUGGCUUCAUACACAAAAAUGUUUUGUAAUAAUUUUUUUCUAAACUAAAACUUGAUUAAAAUCCUGAUUAAUUUUUUCUUUGCUUUGAAGAAAAGGCUAAAACCGCCAUGUAAAAAAAAAAAAAUCUUAGUAGAAAUGAUUUUACUUUUUAAGGUUUGAUAGUAAUGUGCAGUGUAUACAGCAGUGCUUCUCAAAAACCACUGUUCAAAUCAUUCCAUUACUUAUGGGUUUAUAGCCAUAUUUAAAAAAAAAUAUUGUUUAGCUGUAUAUUUAUGGAUAAUUUAUUGAAACAUUGUAAUGUUAUGUAUAUUUUUAUUAAUAAUUUAUAUUGAUGUAUUUUUAUUAUGAAAAAAUAACCAUAGAACUUACAUUUGUUUUCUUACUAUCAGACUGUCUGGUAUUUUAUCAGUUAUUGUUUUGUUUUGAAUUUGUUUUUGAAUAUUAAAAACAAAACUUAAUGCCAGGAUUAAAAUUUUGUACACCAGACCUCUAUUUCAUCUACAGAAGACUCAUUAUUUACACUUGAAUAAAAAAAGACUAAAAGGGUUGAAUAAUAUUGUUUCAAUAUUUAUUAUUGAAUAAAUGUAUAUUUAAAAUGUACUAUCAUUUGGACAUGUUAUUUAAUGCUUACUGUGACACAAAUAUUAACAUCUGUUAGAAAACUUGUUUAUUUAGUUAUUUUUGUUGGAUUUUAUCAAAUGCACUUUGUUAUUGACAUAACUAGUUUAUAAUUAGUUUUGGGAAAAGCCAGUUAACAGAAAUGUUUAUUUUUAGAUCUGCUUUAUUGCAUAUUUAUUUCAUUGCCAAAUUUUUGGGUCCGCUUCAAUUCAUUAAUUCAUUGCCAAAAUCAGAUUUUUCACAACCAGUACAUUUAGCAUUAUAAUUUCAUCUUUUGAAUUUAUUCAGUUUACUUAGUUUGUCUGCUCCCAUUGAGUUUCUGUGUCCAUUCUAUGAAUGUGAAUCAGGCAGUCUUUUUGCAUAGGUAAUAUUUAAGAAUUUGAUUUCGAGACAAAAGUCUUACAAAGGACUGAAUAUGAAAAUAAGUUAGUCUACUGUACUUCCAUGUAAUUCAAGAGGUUUUUGCCUCAUAUAAAUCAAUAUCAUAGAAGUUAUACAUGUAUUCUCAUUUAUUGCUGUGUGGCCUGUUUAAAAUGUCCAACCUUAUCUAACGCUAAUAUGUGCUUCAAAUUGUAGAGGUCAACUUAACAGAAUUGAACAUUUGACUUUUAAUGUGUUGUCUUCGUGGAAGUUAUUCAUGGGUCAGACAAAUUAUUAUUUGUUAACACAACAAGGACAAACAGAUGCUUCCAGUAUGGUCCCCUAUAUGCCUAUUCCGGUGUAUAUAUAAAUUUACCUGUUUCUAUUUCCAGAAUUGUGCUGUCUUGUUUAUUCUUUGUGAAUGAGUUUGUUUUACUGCUCAUUAGAUAUUUUAGCUUGUUUACUUUUGUUUUAUGUUAAGCCAUGGAUUGUUAUUUGUUUACCUCCAAAUCUCACAAUGAUUCUAUGUUGAAUUAUUUUAGAAUCUUAUAAAGUGCCGAUUUUAUCCUUUUUGUUUUGUUUGUAUUUUAUAUAUUUGUUUGGUUUUUGCAUUUUAGUUUGUUUUGUUUAAUGCUGUGCAUUUGAUUAGCAUACUUUGGUUUGUGUAAUUCAUAAAUCAAGAUCUCAUUUUAGAUAAAAGUAGUUACCGUACAUCUACUGGUCAAGGUUUAAAAGUAGAGUUACCGUACAUCUACUGGUCAUGGUUUAAAAGUAGAGUUACCGUACAUCUACUGGUCAAGGUUUAAAAGUAGAGUUACUGUACAUCUACUGGUCAAGGUUUAAAAGUAAGAGUUACUGUACAUCUACUGGUCAAGGUUUAAAAGUAGAGUUACCGUACAUCUACUGGUCAAGGUUUAAAAGUAGAGAUACCGUACAUCUACUGGUCAAGGUUUAAAAGUAGAGUUACCGUACAUCUACUGGUCAAGGUUUAAAAGUAGAGUUACCGUACAUCUACUGGUCAAGGUUUAAAAGUAGAGUAACCGUACAUCUACUGGUCAAGGUUUAAAAGUAGAGUUACCGUACAUCUACUGGUCAAGGUUUAAAAGUAGAGUUACCGUACAUCUACUGGUCAAGGUUUACUGUGCUUCACAUAUCAUUUCUGAAUGAGGCUAAAAGGUGAGAACUUAGAAAAAGUGUCAAGUUGUAUGAAUGAUUGGGAGAGAAAGCAUGGGUAGACAAUUAAUUUUAUGGUUUCUGUUAAUUCUGAAAUGUGUUGUGUGCAGGAGAUCAGUUUAUGCAUAAUAAGUAAAAUCCUGAAAAACAAUCUUCAUAAAUUAUGAGUUAAACUGAUUACUUUUGACUUGGUUGUUUAUUUGUUGCCAUUCAUAAAAUUGUCUGAUGUUUCAGAUUUUAAAGCUAAAACUAUUAUUAUUAAAAGGUAAAUCAAUUAACUAUGUACUAUAUAAUGUCAACUCCACAUUGUUACUUCUAUAUAUAUUACAAUUUAAAAAAAUGUGUUUUUAAACAUAUUUUUUUUUCACAUAGAAGAUACAUUUGUAUAUUUAACUUGAUCUAGAGUUGUCCUUUCUUGGAUGGUGUCGUGAAUUAAAGAGUUUAAAUGAUGAUUUCUGUUUUAUAGUUCUGAUCUCACUGCCACAUUUACAUUAGUAAAUGGUGUAUAAUCUGUUGGUACUUUUACAUCUAUUUUUAUUUAUAAUUGAUUUUAGAAGUAAUUUGUUAUUUAUAGUCAUUGUUAAUCAUUAGUUAAGUAGUUUUCAUUUAGUUGUUAUUUUAGAAUUCCAAAAAAAUUUUUUCCCUGUGUAAAUUUUGCAAAUUAAGAUAAAGUUGUGAAUUUUAACAUUUAAACCGAUCAUGGAUUUCUCACAACUACAAUUAAUAACAUAAAUAAUUUAUUUUCGUAGUUAACCCUAACAAUUGUUUCUCAAGAGAUAAGAGACUGAUACUAAUUUCAUGAUUUUAUUGUAUUUUAACAUGCCUUUUUCAUGACUAUAUGUGUUCAUUGUUUGGAUUUUAAACAUAGCUCCACAGCUUGUAUAAGUGUUUUAUCAUUUUUUGUCACUGUUAUUCAUGAUUGAGGGCAUUAUUAUUUUAAAGAAUGAAAUAUUUUCAGCAUUUAUGGUUACUUUUUAUAAUCAAGGCAGCAGUUUGCACAAUUAACACCAAGCAAUAUGACCUUGGUCCUUAGAUUUUUUUCUGAAAAGAGACCUCAAAUGUCAUAUACAUAUAAAUAAAAUGUAAUAUUAUAAAAGUCUGAUUAGUCAAAAAAGUCCCCCAAAAAAAUUUGUAAAGAGACAGCUUGCCAAUUUAUUUACUGAAUCACUUCUGUAGGUGUUUUAAACAAGAUGGGGAUAAAUCGUAUUUUAAUGAUUUGAUUGAUUAAUAUGAUUUUCAUAUUUCAAGUGAUUUCAUUUUAUCAACAACAACAAAAAUCUGAUUAUAGAAACACAAGGUAUAUUAACAUAUGGGAAAAUUAUGAAAAGGGUUAAGAUUAUAGAUAGUUAAAAAAAAUAUUACACAAACUGGGGAUGCUUUAUAAUGUUGUGAAAUGUCAGCAGUUCCUGCUCUACUCAUGGAACAGGACAUUUAUUGUAUUAAUUCAAUUACUAAGAAUUAUUGUCAAGUAAAGUAUUCCAAGGAAACCAUUUUGAUAGAAAAACAUCGUUCCAUUAUGUUUUAGGAUUAUUAUAGAAAUCCUGUGACAACAAAAUGAUGUUAUUCUUGAAGCAUUUGAUAUUUCACUGAUUUGAUGCAUUUGGGUCCUUCAUGUUUUGGUUCUUUUUUAUAAUUCAUUAAAAAAAACUUGUAUUACUACUACCGGGUCAUCAUUCUAAAUAUCACAUGUAUUCACAUGGAUUAAACAUUUGCUGUGCUAAGUUUUUAAGUUUGCAGUUGAAUAUUUUGAAAUAUGUAAACACGAUUUUUGAAAGUUCUGUAUAAUUUACUUUGAUUAUAUUAUACAUGUAAUCUAAUUAACAUAAAAAAAAAUGUUUUUUUGUUCUAAUAUUAAAAUAUUUUAGGAAAAUGUUCCUGGUUUAACACAUGAUUGCUAAAGAGAACAAAAUGUUAGUAUAAUUCCAUAAGCUUCAGAUUUAUUUAUCAUUUUUUUUUAAACAGAACUAAUUAAUAUUUAAAUUUAGCAUUGUAGUACCAAAAAAAGUGACUUUGAAAGAAUUUAUUAAGGUGAAUAUUUGGCCUGCUCAUUAAUAAUAAAAUGUAUGAGUAUGACUCUGUAAAAUCAAUGACUGCUUAAACACUCUGGACAAACUUUUACUGCUUAAAGUAUGUAGUAAUUUAUUCCCAUGACACAAUGACAUGGGUUUGUACUCUUGAAUUCCUCAGCUCUCACCAAUGUAUAAAGGAUUUUUAACAAGUACAACAUUUAAAUAUUUAUAGUACAUGUAUUGUGCUAGAUAAUAUCACUGAAAUUAACAAUAUAGUACACAGACCUUGAAUUCAAAUUAUAGACUAUAUAUGAAAAAAGUUCACAACAUAAAACUGGUUGAUUUAUUACAUACCGGUAUUCAAUUUUUGUUUUAUAGAUAACUAUUUUUGUAAAUAACUAUGAAUGAAGUUUCUAUUUAUUGAGUGAUUGUGCCGUGUAUGAAUCGAUUAUCAUCAUAACAAUAUCAUUGCUGUCUAUAUAUAGAAUAAAGAUAUCAGUCAAAAA